UGACGAGCUCCGUGUGUUUACAGUGAGAAGUGCAAGGCAGGAAUUUUCUAACAUCAAAUAUUCAAACAUUAUUUGCAUCUAUACAAAAGUUCCAAUGGAGUCAGAGAUCCUGUGACACAGUUAUUUGGAUGGAGUCCUCGUGGGGCACUGGCGGUCAUUCCCGCGAGUACAAAUUGGUGAUGUUAGGAGAGGGGGGUGUGGGCAAAAGCGCCAUCAUCAUGCAGUUUAUAAGUCACAGAUUCCCAGAAGAUCAUGACCCUACUAUUGAGGAUGCCUAUAAAACGCAGAUCCGCAUAGACGAUGAGCCAGCAAACUUGGACAUCUUGGACACAGCAGGACAGGCGGAGUUCACAGCGAUGCGUGAUCAGUACAUGCGGGCAGGCGAAGGUUUCAUCAUCUCAUACUCCAUCACAGACCGCCGCAGUUUCCAGGAGGCACGGCAUUUUAAGCAGCUGAUCUACCAUGUGCGACAUACUGUGGACACGCCUGUCGUACUGGUGGGAAACAAGUCUGACCUGGCCCAUCUCAGACAGGUGUCUGUGGAGGAGGGCAAACAGUUGGCGAGAGAGUUCCAGUGCCCUUUUUUUGAGACCUCCGCUGCGUUCCGUUACUAUAUUGAUGAGGUGUUUGCCGCACUGGUGCGUCAGAUUCGUCAGCGCGAGGCCGAGUUGGUGCGGGGGAGUGAGAGGAAAACUCGACGGAGCCAUUCUUUCUGGAGUCGCCUGAAAGCUCCCUUCCACAGGAAACAGCAGUCUGAGCACUGAGAGAGCCACAGAGAAAAUCAUGAAGGGGCAACAUGGCUCUCUUGCCUGCAGCUGUAUUAGUUCCACCCCUCUUAGGUGGAGUGAGGACUCUUUUCAUAGUUUAUAUUUGACUGGUUGCAAUGAAGCACUCCUAAUCAUUUCAGAUGGAAAUUAGACUACAAACCUCGACGUGCAGGGCACACAUAUGAGAUGUCGGCUGAUUUACUGAUUUUAGUGCUUAGAAAAGAAAUAUUAAACUUGUCAGUAGUCUUUUUAAAUUUUUUGGGAAGCAUUAUAUAUGUGAAGGUGAAAUUCAGGGGAAUUAUUGUCACCUCGCAUUUGAACUGGUGCAAUGAGGCGCAGAAGGAUAGAUAUUGUAAAUGGAAAACUGUAAUGGAAAGUCUGAAGUGAAAAGAAAGGUAAGGUCAUGUCUGAUACCAGGUCAAAGAUGUGCUGAGAAGAAAUGAUAGGUGGAAUGAGCUUGAAUAGAGAGCAUGUUGGCCGAGUAAAGAGAGAGAACAAAGUGUGUGCAAAGGUGAAUUGUGGGUAAAUGGGCUAAAGGGUCAAGGUUCAUUAACUUAAUUUGUCAGUAUAAGUACUGUAAACCAUUCCUUUAACCUGACUGUAUUUAAAAAAAAAAUGUUUUAUCUAGUAGCAUUUGAAAUACCAUGGCUAUAGUUGAAAGUAUGGCACAAAUUCUAUUUGAGUUGAACUCGAUAGCUUCUUUUGAAAACUGAGUGAAUCUCAGAUUAUAUGUCUGGUCAUAUUUCACCCCAAAUUUCAAAGAAUUUAAAAGAACAAAAAAUGAAUUCAAUAUAUAUAUAUAUAUAUAUAUAUAUAAGAAAAUGAGAAGGAGAGUGAGAUUUAUUUACAUUAUGAUAAUGAGAACAGAGGGUAAAUAUAAUCUAAUAUAAUUUCUUGUUUAUUAUCUUUCUUUUGAUUUUGGGGUGAAAUAUGACCUGGAAAUAUUCUUGACAGGUUUCUUUAGAAGAGGUUGCAAAGUACUUUGCAUGAAUGACUUUGUGUAAACUUUUACCACACAAUCAGAUUGAGCGACUUGAGUGGGAAACAGAAUUGUAUCUGUUUCACACCAUGCGUGUGAAACACCAUUUUCUUUAGGAAAUAUUAGACAGAUCUCUUCAAUGUGGUUUUAUGAAGGUGUCUCCAUAUGUAGAUUUCCUCUUACACAUGCUGUGCACUUACUAUACGUCAAAUUUGAAUGUUUAUAUUGGCAUUUUGUCCAAAAUCAUGUUAUUAGUUUUCUUUUGAUUAUUAGAUUUUAUUUUUUACUUUUAACCAGAAUGAAGUUACUAUAUUUUCCUUUAUUUAUUGUCAUCAAAGAUACUCAAAUAAAAUUAAUUUGACCAAUCUGUCUCAUGGUUGGAUGGUGAUGAUGAUGAUGAUGAUUAUUAUUAUUAUUAAUGUAGUUAUUAAACAUCAGUGCUAUUUAGUCUUCUUCAUUUGGAGUUCCUGGCGACCCCUUAUGGCUGUAAUAUUUGUGUCAGCUACUGAGCAUUUAAUCCAGUACAGUUUUAUUUUUAUU